AUGUCUUACAUGGUGUGGGAACAGGUCCCAACCCUGUACAGGAAAGAUAUUAGGAACAACAUGAGAUCUGGGGGAGUGGGAGGGAGACAGACUGAGGGAGGGGGUCCGGGGCCUUUCAGGGAAAGGAGGAAACGAAAGGAGAACACCCUCGUCAACAGAAACCCUCCCCCUCCCCACUCUCCCCCUCCUCCAACAAUGUCAUUCUACGGAGAUGGCUACAUCCACCUGCGGACAGUGGAGGCGUCCAUUCAGACUUUGCUCCAUGUGCGUUUUCGAACCUCGAGUCAGGCAGGCAUCCUGUUUUUGGCAGCUGGACGCAGAGACUUCUUGGUGCUGGAGCUCAUCUCUGGGCGCCUGCAGGUCCGUCUGGACCUUGGCUCAGGUGAGCGCUCACUACGCUCAGAAAAGGGCAUUCAUCUUAACGACCUGGCGUGGCACUCCAUGGAGCUGACCCAUGACCACCAUAAUGUCAACAUGACCGUGGACCGAAACUCUCACACCAGCCUCCGUAUGCCAGGACCAGAUCUGGAGCUCAGUGUUGAGGACGGGCUUUUUGUUGGCGGGACAGCCGGACUGAACCACCCAUUCCUUCUCAACAUCUCCGCUGGGUUUCGAGGCUGUGUAGAUGAAGUUGUGUUCAAUGAACAUAACCUGUUGUCCAGCCUAAGGCCUUAUUCUGGGUACAAGAGUGUCCACGAGGUAUCUCUGGGCUGUAGUCCGCAGUUUUCUGCAACGGAAGAAGAUUCUGUCAGCUUUUUCAGCUCUAAAGCUUUCAUCACUCUCCCGCCCUGGGAGGGGCCCCAGGAGGGGGUGUUUGAAUGUGAAUUGUUUCCCCCUGCAAGAGGAGAAGAUGGCAUGGUUCUGUAUAGCUCUGGGAACCAGGGAGGGUUUGUUGCCAUAGAGAUCAGAGAUGGUAACAUGGUGGCCACGGUAGGAAAUGGAGAGGGGAGUAAGACUGAGCUGCGUUCUCUAACGUAUGUUCACAGCAACCACACAUGGUACCCCAUCCAGCUGCACCUGCUGCCUAACAGCAUCCAACUGAAGGUGGGUGAGGAGUUGGUUAAGGCCACCCUAAGUCUGGAGCUCCAGGUCAUCCAGCUUCAAGGGCCUCUCUUCCUGGGAGGGCUGAACAAAGAAGCCCGGGGAGAGGCAAGGCAAGCUGGGUUGUUGUCCACUGUGCCUGGGGGUAAACCUGCUGUGCAAGGAGGCUCCUUUAAAGGCUGCCUCCGGGAAAUUAGGGUGAACACUCAAAGAACAGGCCUACCUCAUGCUGCCAUCACCAAGGACAUCACUGUAGGCUGUAAGACCAGGCAGGUUCCAAAUGCGUUGACCACCACUAGCCCAACAGAUCAUCCCGAGUUUGAUGUUACAACCACACAACCAAUUACCAACAAUAAGAAGAACACUAACUUUCUGUUGUUGAGUAAGCUAGAAGUUCUGGAGGGAGGCCGGGCGCCACUGGAGCCCAAACAUAUAAGGGUGAAUCUGGAUUUUCGGAAGUUGGGCUUUCAUCAGUCCCAACUGAUGUUCCGCAUUGAGGGGCAGCCUGUUCACGGCCAGCUCCGGCUGGACCUCACUCCUGACCCUGAUGGGAUCCUGGGCGAGCGGCAGGAGAGGACUAUAACAACAGGAGCAGGAGAGGUCGACCGCACUUUCAGUAUGCUGGACUUGUGGCAGGGCCGUGUGAUAUACGUCCACAGUGGUUCAGAGGACCAGCAUGACUUCUUCAUGUUUUCAGUAUUCACCAGAAAUAAGAAGGCACCUCCUGUAUUUCUGAAGGGUAACCGCCUGCAUCAGUUCGAUAUCAGCAUCAGUCCUGUUAAUGAUGCACCUGUGCUCAGCCUGCCGGAGGGAAACCUUUUCACACUGUUGGAGAAGUCCAAACGACAGCUGACAACGGAUUUGCUGAAGGUGUGGGACCCUGACAGCAGUCCUGCAGAUCUGGUGUUCAGCUCCCUGGGAAACCUCAACACUGAGGUUGGCCACCUUGAGCACCAGGAAUACCUCGGCAGGGCCAUUAACUUGUUCUCACUGAAUGAUCUGGAGGAGGGUAAGAUCUGCUUUGUCCACACUGGGGUCCCCACCUCCCGGCUGGCACUCAGGGUCAGCGACGGGCAGAAGUUGAGCAAUACAGUAGUUUUGAGGAUCAUUGCCAUGCCACUCGAACACAAACUGGUGAACAACACCGGCCUGGAGGUGAACCAAGGUGGAGCUUCCAUCAUCACAGCCACUCACCUCGCAGUACAAGUUAAUGUGAAUGAUCAGGCAGUGGAGAUCCGCUAUGACGUUACAGAGUUGCCACAAUAUGGUGUGCUCCAGCGGUUGCACUCAAGUGGCGACUGGAAACCGACAAGUUCCUUCUCUCAGAAGCUUCUACAAAAAGAACGGAUCCGAUACCUCAGCACUUACCAUGGUGUUCAGACUCAGAGCAACAUCACUGAUCACUUUAAAUGUAGAAUCAGCAUUGAUUCCCGGGCCACUGAGGAGGUUGUUUUCCCCAUCAUGGUACGCUGGAUCCACUUUAAGGUCACACGAAGCAAGAUGGAGCUCAACGGUGUCCAGUCUACUGCUGUCACUCACAAGGACCUUCAUGUGAUCUCCAAGGGUGUUAAAAUCAAUGAGAGCGACCUCUACUUAAGACUUCUAACAGUUCCAAAGAAAGGGCAGCUAUUCCUCGACAACAAAACUCUACAAAGGAACUCAACCUUUAGCCAAAAGAAUAUCACAGAUGGCUUGAUGAGGUACGAGCUGCUCAACAUGCUUCAGGAUGACACAAGAGACACGUUCAGCUUUCAGGUGUUCUCAACACAUGCUAACUCAACAGCUUACGACUUCAGAAUCAACAUCAAAGCCCAGUCGACUGCCAUCACCCUUGUAAACAAAGGUCUUUCAACCCUGGAAGGAGGAAGUAAGGUCAUCAACAAAGACAUCCUGUUCACUCACACGUCAAGUAACCGGGAGGUCCACUACAGCAUUACGGUGAGCCCCAGGCACGGGCAGUUGAGGAGAAUCAACCUUUCCAACUCAACUUCCAUUAACGAUAACAUUGUGACAUUCACAAAUCAGGAUAUCAUUGAGGAGAGGAUCAUGUACGUUCACGAUGACAGCGAGACCAAGCAGGAUUCCUUUAUGUUUCAAAUUAUGGUUUACAAACCCAACAAACACACAAGCAAGGAGGAUAGAAACACAGCUGAACACACCUUUAAUAUCUCUGUGCAGCUUGUCAAUGAUGAGAGACCUGUCAGGGUUGUCGAUAAAGUUUUCCAUGUAGCCCGCAAUAGGCAGAGGUUGGUGACGUUGAAUGACCUUCGUUACCGGGACGGCGAUUCAGACUUUGAGGACAAUUGGUUGGUGUACACGCGAAGGGGGAUUCCCAUGGGAGAGCUGGUGCUGUCCAGUGAUACCAGUCACAAGCUGUACGAAUUCACACAACGGGACCUCGAGCAGAAAAAAGUGUUGUUUGUCCACAGAGGAGUGAGUUUUGGGCGUUUUGUGCUUUUCGUAUCAGAUGGGAAACAUUACGUUUCAACACUGAUGGAGGUGAUGGCGCAGGAUCCUUACCUUCAGGUCGAAAACAACACGGGCCUCAUGGUCCAGCAAGGUGGGAUCACAACCUUGACCUCCGCCAACCUCAGCAUCAUCAGCAACCUUGACAUCCGAGACCCGCAGGAAGUGACAUUUGAGGUCUUCCUUCCACCUAAACACGGCGUGCUCUGCUUUAUUGAUGGAGAUCGUGUAACAGCAGCAGAUGCAAUUUCAAUAUUCACCCAGCGAGAUUUAGUGGAGGGUCGCCUGGUAUAUCACCAUGACGGCAGCCAUGAGUUUUCAGAUGGGUUCAAUGUGACCACAAGGACAAGGGAGAAGAGCACAGUGAGGAAGAUGGACAGAGAGAGGAGGGAGAUACAACUGGACAUUGGAGUGAUGGUAAAAAUCUACCUGGAGAGCCACCAGAGGCCGCCAACGGUCAUAUGUAACCGUCCAGUGGUGGUGGCGGAGGGACAGUAUGUCUCCAUAAGCAAGGAACACUUAGAGGUGGUUCAUGAGGACAGCAGGCCCUCAGAGAUUGUUUUUAUUGUCCAAAGUCCGCCCUCCCUGGGCUUCCUACAGCGGUUUCUCCGUACCUCCAUGUAGGGCAUCAGAGAGCAGCCAACAAAUUCCUUCACCCAGGAAGACCUCAAUCACGGAUUGAUUAUCUACCAUCAGCAGGCUGCAGGACACACCAACGACUCUGUCCUGCUGGGUGCAACCAACGGGGUCACAAGUGUUGGACCUAUCAGGCUAGAGAUUGACAUUAUCCCCAUCCUGCUCCCUCUACAGGUGUCUGACUUGACCCUUGAUGAGGGGUCGUCCCUGCCGCUGACCACUGACAUUAUCAAGAUGGCCAAUCAUCACUUCUCAGGGAUGAACUUCCUGUACCAGGUCAUCGUCCCACCACAACAUGGACACUUGGAGCACAGCCGGAUCCCGGGGAUGCCAAUCACUGCUUUCACUCACACAGAGGUGGAACGUGAAUACAUCUCCUAUAUCCACGAUGGCAGCGAAACACUGAGAGACAACUUUACCAUUGUGGCCAAUCAGACGGAAAUCAGGAAGCACAGUCUGCCCUGCGCUGCUCACAUCAAUGUCAUGCCUGUCAAUGAUGAGACUCCUGUUGUCACAACCAACAAGGGUCUGAAGGUGUGGGUGGGUUCAAUGACAGAAAUCACCACAGAUGAUCUCAGUGCAGAGGACUCAGACACUCCUGAGCCGGAGGGACUGGAGUUUAUCGUCACACCACCGAGCAACGGCCACCUGGCCCUUAAGAGCACCCCCUCCAGACACAUCCUGAACUUCACCCAAAAUCACAUACAAACUGGACAGUUGAUGUUCGUGCACAGUGGUGCUUUAUCGGGUGGCUUUCAGUUCCAGGUGAACGACGGCCUGAACUUCGCCCCUCGACAGAUCUUCAGCACAACUGCCCACUCUCUGGUUCUCACUCUGCAGAGAAAUCAUCCCAUGGAGGUCUACCAAGGCUCUGUGACACCAAUCUCUGAGCAAGAGCUUCUGGCCGUAACCAAUGAUGUAAACGCCAUCAGAAGAAACCAUUCGGUGGUGUUUGCAAUAACUGAUCCUCCUAAACUUGGCCGCCUGGUCCACCGUAUGCCCGACAACUCUACAAGAAACAUUUCAACGUUCACACAAAGCAUGGUGACAGAUGGGGUUAUUUUGUACGAUCAGAACAAGCCGCAGUCAGUGGGAUGGUCGGCUGCGGACGCUUUCUCUUUCACUGUGUCCUCCCCUCCUGCUUUGCUUCCUCCACACACCUUCACCAUCUUAAUCUCCUAUCAGGCCAACGAACAUCAUGACAGCCCUCAGCACAAGACCAGACUAUUGAGCAACGCAGGUGCUGUGGUGGCAGAGGGAGGCAGGGUGACAAUUGACAGUUCUAAACUCGAUGCCUCCAAUCUCCUUGGGAAAGUCCCAGAGCCGCACCGGAAAGACCACCACAUCCUGUACCGCCUGAUAUCCCUGCCACGCCAUGGGGCUCUGUCUAUACGAGGACAUAACCUCACCAGGAACCAACCUGAUUUCUCUCAAGUCACCCUAAACAAAUUUGGCAUCACAUAUGUCCAUGAUGACUCAGAAACGACGAGCGACAACUUCACUUUCCGGGCCUGGGUGGCUCCUUUGGAUCCCUUCUCCUCUUCUUCCUCAUCUGACAGCCUGGCGGUGACGGAGACGUUCAACAUCACAGUGACACCGGUCAACGACCAGCCGCCACUGAUCAGGAGCAGAGCCCCGAGUAUUAAGGUCGUUGUCGGAGAGAGAGUCGUACUGGGACCAGACAAUCUGCAGGUUGAGGACCAUGACACCCCUCCAGAGGAGCUGCACUACCUUGUGAUCAAAAAGCCCAACAAUGGCUACCUGACGCUGGGGGAGAGACCGGAGCCGGUGACCUCUUUCACCCAGUAUGAUGUCAACCACGGCCGGCUGCACUUAAUACAGCAGGGAGAGCCCUCGAUAGGUGUUUUCUACUUCAACGUAACCGACGGUCAUCAUCGUCCACUCUACAAACUGUUUAGUUUGGAGGUGAUAAAGCCCUCUGUCUCCAUGGUGAACAACACUGGCCUGUCAUUGCUUCAAGGAAGGGCCGCUGUGAUCCUGACAACCAACCAGUUUGCAGCUCAGACCAACAGUCGCAUGCAGGUCAACAUCACCUACACAGUCACCACACACCCUCGCCACGGACGCAUUGCGAUUAACGACCAGGAAGUCACAACCUUCCGCCACGAGGACGUGCAGUUUGGACGCGUUGUCUAUCACAUGACUGAUCUCAGCGAAUCAGAGGACAGCUUCCGAGUCUCAGUGUCGGCCUCGUCACCCGGUGUUCACUAUGGAAAUGUAACAGCACAGGUGAAUGUAACUGUGAAGCCUCUGAUCUACCUGAGGGAACAAGUGAGAGUGCCCAGUGGUAUCGCUGUGAAGCUGGGGAAAGCCAUGAUUGAUGCCUCCGAGCUGGCGAGAAUCAGCCGAGCAGACCCAGUUUUUCAGGUUCUCUCGCCACCAAAACAUGGAAAACUAGUCAAGAUGACCUAUGACCCGAACCGAGCAUCAGAGGUGCUGAAGUCGUUUACGUUCAGAGACGUGGUGCAGGGCCGGGUGGCCAUCGAGGAGACUCUCAGUGACAGCCAGCAGCAUGACAACAAAUCAGCAUUCGCAACAGCUCGAGGCCACGCCCCCGCCACACCUCUCAACGAUUCCUUCAUCUUCCUGCUGAAGGCUGGAAACGUCCAACCGGCGAAGGGCGAGCUUCACUUCACCAUCUUUCCCCACCACCAGAUGCAUUAUGGUCCAAGCAGUUCAAAUACAGACGGUGCAAGUCCUGAACAAACGACAAACAGACUUCCGACCCAUAAUAAGACUACUACUGGUAGAGGAGGCGGGAGAGGGGGUUCCACGACGCUCAGAGGGGAUGAGGUGGGUUUGCCCCCCCACAUUUUGACACAUAAGAACCAUAGCAGGACACAGCACAAGUUGAGGUCUAACAACCGCUUGGGGAACCAUACACGCAGCGGCAGUCAUGGAGGAAGAUCAGGGAGUCGUGCAGAGGGAGGGGGUCACAGUCACGUACCGCAGCCCCACACUCCUUCCGUUUCCAUCCCUCCUGUCGUUCACCCGGUCCACGUUGAGCUCCUCCCUCGCCCCGCCUCCGACCCUCUCCUCAUUAUCCUUCCGCUGCUGGCCUGUUUGUUCCUCAUUGUAAUCCUCGUAGUUUUGAUACUGGUGUUCCGCCGCAUCAAGGAGAAAAAGGCCCGGCUGCGGCUCCUCCAGCAGCUCGCUGCAGUGACGUUACCCACUGAGGACAGCCCUUACAUGGGCCGGGCGGAGCGGAGCGUGGCUAUGCCCUCCGUGGUGGUCACCCAGCUGGGCCCUGCAAGCUGCCCUUCCUCCCCUUUAAGGGUACCUUUAAGUCCCAGAAGGAAGAGUCUGGCCCCUGGGAUGACCUUCUGGGGGCCAUUUGAAGCUGAUAGAGCAGGUGGUGAUAAGAAUAUUAGAGGUGGUAACUGUGUUGGAAAAGAUCAAGUAACUGCAGGAGUCCAAACAGCUCUGAGAUCUAGGUCCCCUACUCCCACUCUUAGAGACAACCAGUACUGGGUUUGA